UAUAGACCUUGUGAUCUCUUGACGAUUAUGGCUUCACAAGCCGGGCAACAGGAACAGCCUCACUUUGUCUUGGUGCCACUCAUGGCACAAGGGCAUAUGAUCCCCAUGAUAGACAUGGCUAGGCUCUUAGCAGAGCGCGGUGUGAUGGUUAGUCUGAUCACCACUGCAUACAAUGCCUCAAGAUUUGAGUCAUCCAUUUCUCGAGCAAAAUAUCAAUCAGGGCUUCCAAUAUCCGUUGUGAAAAUGCCAUUUCCAUGCAAAGAAGUGGGACUUCCAGUGGGGAGUGAAAGUCUUGAUACUUUACCAUCUCGAACUCUUUUGAGGAAGUUCUUUAAGGCUCUAAGCAUGCUGCAGGAACCACUAGAGAAGUAUCUUGAAGACCAGAAGAUUCAGCCAUGGUGCAUAAUCUCGGACAAGGCCCUCUCGUGGACUUCGAAAAUAGCUCAGAAGUUCAAUAUUCCGAGGAUUGUUUUCCAUGGAAUGUGUUGCUUCUCACUGCUGAGCUCUCACAACAUCAAACUCUAUAAUUCUCACACUUCUGUUGCUUCUGAUUUUGAGCCUUUUGCGGUGCCAGGGCUGCCCCAGAGGAUUGAGAUCACUAGGGCUCAGCUUCCAGGAGCAUUUGUCACGCAACCGGAUUUGGAUGAUUUCAGGGACAAGAAUCAAGUUGCUGAAGCAAAAUCGUAUGGAGUGGUGGUGAAUAGCUUUGAAGCACUUGAACAUGGGUGUGCUCAGGAAUUGGAGAAGGCGUUUGAUAAAAAGGUUUGGUGCAUUGGACCAGUGUCUUUGUGCAACAGGAGCAACUCAGAUAAGUUUUCUAGAGGUAACAUAUCAUCAAUUGAUGAGAUACAAUGCUUGCAAUGGCUUGCAUCAAUGGAACCAAGGUCUGUCAUCUAUGCUUGUCUUGGUAGCCUAUGUAGGCUAGUCCCAUCGCAACUGAUAGAGAUUGGACUAGGAUUAGAAGCAUCAGGAAAGCCUUUUAUUUGGGUAAUUAAAACAUGUUCAAAGUAUGAAGAAUUGGAGAAGUGGUUAGUGGAGGAGAAGUUUGAGGAAAGGAUCAAAGGAAGAGGCCUCUUGAUCAAAGGUUGGGCUCCCCAAGUUCUCAUUCUCUCAAGUCCAGCAAUUGGAGGGUUCUUAACUCAUUGUGGUUGGAACUCAAGCAUAGAAGGGGCAUGUUCUGGUGUGCCAAUGAUCACAUGGCCUCUAUUCGCUGAGCAAUUCCUUAACGAAAAGUUGAUCGUGGAGGUUUUAAAGAUUGGUGUUCGGGUUGGUGUGGAAAUUCCUGUUAGAUGGGGAGAUGAAGAGAAAAUUGGAGUGUUGGUGACGAAAGAUGGAGUCAAGAAGGCAAUAGAAGCACUAAUGGAUGGAGGUGAAGAAGGAGAAAAGAGAAGAAAGAGAACAAGAGAAAUUAAAGAGAAGGGCGGAAGAGCCAUGGAAAAAGGAGGUUCAUCACACACAAACAUGUCUGCUUUGAUUGAAGCUGUUAUAGAGCUUCAUGAAUCCACUCAAACAAAGGUUAGAAGCUUCAACAUGAGUUAAUUGCAACAUCAGUAGUUCUGCAUGGUAAAACUUAGCCGCAGAUUCAGCUUGAACAUGGAUACAAGCAAGAGUCCCCUGUAACUGUUUCAAUUGUACAUAUUAGCUUCCUCUAUAAUCUAUAUUAACAUAAUAUCUUGUCGAUAUGACGAUAUAUAUGAACAUCAUUUCUGUACUGAACAAUUUAUGCCUUUUAUGGUAUGUUUCAUAUGAAUUACAAGUACGGUGUUUCUCUCU